AUGUUGACUACCAAUUUACACAAUGUGUGCCGAAUGAACUUUAUUAGACGGAAUUAUAGGUGGUUUUCGACCCUAUGUGAGCACUGUGGAUGGCAUUUGAAGGUCAGCCUGUGCCUGGAACGCCAACCACUCGAAUACUCAGAAAACGAAGUCGACAGACUGUUUCGUGAAUUCCACGAGUCGUGGACCUUGAAAACAAACAACGGUCUGAAGAUUCCCUCACUUGAAACCAUUGAACGUAAAAUUACACACAAGCUUGCUCGCUCCAAAGAAACGGAAACGAAGAAAACCCCCGUUGAUUCCAUGGAUUCCGAGUCUGAUGUUGCGGAAAAGGAUGAUUUGGAAUCACUUCUGAGCGGCGAGUUGAAUAUAAACCUGUUGCCCAGGAGAUCAAGAAGGGUUUUACAGAAGGAUGCAGUAAGUUUAGCACAGCCAUCCAGUCGUAGUUGUGUAUACAUCCUUGAUCACGACCUUCAUAACAUAAACAGAAUGCCCACGAGGUGGCUGUUUCUGCUUUUAAAAUAUAAAAAUUCGCAGUGGUCCCUGCCAAUCACUGACUUAUACUACGGAGAUUCUGUGAGACAGACUCUGGCUAGACUGUGCGAUGAACAGAUUUGUGAUUCUUACAGGCCAUAUUUCAUAGGGUACUCUCCGUUCACUCAUCAAAAACUGCCCUUUGAGUCCACUGGUUUAAAUAACGAUUUGGACAGCCCUAUAGAUGGUCUAAAGGUUUUUUAUUACAGGGCUAGGCACAUUCCCUCGUGUAAUGUAAACAUAAACAGCGACGUGGUCGAUGAUUACGCUUGGUGUACCAUGGAUGAACUUGAAUCGAAAUUGGAUAAGCUCAAAUUCAACAAGGUCAUUAAUACGUUACCUCUUUUUAACCUGAUUUAA